CAAAUGUCUUCAAUAGAAUUUGAUUCAUUGACAAGUGGAAAGUCAGUAUUAGAAAGAGCCAAAUAUAUUCCAAUUCGUUUGACAUUUGAGGAGAGAAAGAAAUUGAGAUUGUUGGAAGCUACUUUGACUGUUAGUGAAUAUACUGAUAAAAUUGAUACUAUUAGAACAUUUGGAAAGUUGAAGAGAAUUAAAGAACAAUGUGAGGAAAUUUGUGCAAUUUUGUGUGGUUUGAUGGUUGCUGCUGAUUAUCAAAAAGGUCAAGAAUUGAUCGCCAAUAAGAACUUUCAAGAUAAUGAAGAAUUUUUCCAAGAUGUAUUUGAAAUUGGAAGACGUUACAAGAUUAUGAAUCCUGAAAAGAUGAGAGGAACCUAUGGUAAACUCUGUUAUAUUAUUCAAGACAGUCAACAACCUGAAGUUCAAGAAAUGUUAGGAUUUAAACUUGAUAGACCUGUCAAGACUGUUCAUUGGUUCUUGGAACAACAUGAUGCUCUUGAAAUUCUUGAGGAUAAAGAUAUUGACACUGCCACAAAUGAAAUUUUUGCAAAUGGAAAGACAAGAAUGCAAGUUGAAGAAGAAAUUAAAAUGAAGGAAAAGGCAGCCAAGAGAAUUUGUAAAGUUUACUCUGAGUCAUGUGAAAUGGAAGAAGAAGAUAUUGAAAAAUGUCUUUACUCAAUUGGUGAUAGUAGUGCAUAUCUUAGACAAGCCGUAUAUCCAGUUGAAACCAUCCUCUCCUUCUUGCUGAAUAAUUUCAAGCGUGAUGAUUAUGAAGAUGGUCACUCAUUGGCUAUUAUGGCAGGCCAUGAAGGUGCUCGUUUAUCUCACAAUCAUGCCAUUCAAUUUGAUUUCGUCUAUCAAACUCUUACAUUGUGGAAAAAUGUUGGAAGAGAUAUGUUUGAAUUGUGGUUCUUAGCUGAAAGAGAUUUGUUCUCAUCUACACAUACCUAUUCCUUAAGAAAUACUGGUCAAGGUCUCAACAGAGUUCAAUACUGUCCAAAUGUUAGAAGAGCAAUGGAAAAGUUGUUAUCUCAAACACAGAAUAGCACCUCUUCUUGGGUAGGAAGUUCAGUUAUUCACUUGGGUGAUGAUGCUGUUCCUAACAGUUUAAUGUUUAUUGACAAGUAUACUCAAAUUUCAAGAAUUUUGAAUCCAAUCAUUCAAACAAUUACAGAAAUUGAUAACUAUAUGAUUAAGGAUCAAAACUUGAAAGAAUAUAUCAAUACUACAUUUGGAGGUCCAGAGGAAGCAAAGAUGACAAUUUUGAUCGAUCUUUUUAGACAUGGAUUUGACGGAUCGGGUGCUGAUAACUUUUUCAUGGCUGGCUCUUGUAUAGAUGGUAGAUUGACAAGUGCUUGGAAUUUCUGUUCAAAGAUCAAUAAGAAGAAUUAUUUCCCUCUCUUCCUUUUGGGAGGCUUCAUUGGUUUCGAUGGUGGUUCAGGUUUUGACAGAUAAAUCAUUUCAUAACACCUUUGAAUCAAUUUUUUGUAACUUAUAUUAAAUUACUUAUUACUUGAAUUAUUUAUGGAUUAAGAAGUGUUAUUUUACAACACGUUUAUUGGAAAAAAUCUCCAUUAUCCUCGAACAUGUCUUCUUGGUUUACGUUAUAAUUAUUGUCGAUAGGGGUUUGAGAAAUCUCUGUACUUUCUUCUCGAAUUACGCUAAACAUCCAUACAUAACCAAAAACAGUGCCAUUAUUCUCUGUAACUUUCUGUCCAUAACAAUUCAUUUUCAGUCUCGAGUCAUAAAUUUGAGAAGAAUUCAUAGAAUGUUCAUCAGGUGACAUUUGCGCCUCCAACUUGUCAGGGAAAUCCAUAAGCACUGAAUUUGACAAAAUCUCCAUAAUGGUUCCUUUCAUUUCUGGAAUAUCAUACACUCUUCUACCAAAGAAAUUCUUUCUAUGAUUGUUAAACAAUGCAUCAAAUCUUUCAUUAUUCCAUAAAAUAUAUCCUUGCUUAUCGUAAAAACAUGUUGGUUGUUUCGAACCAAAGAGUCUCUCCAGAAUCUUAAGGAACAUGUCUUGGAAAGUUUGCGGACUAUCAUUAAUAAGGGAUUCUCUUGAAAUGUGACUCAUGUCAUAAUCUGAAACUGUAUGAUUAAGCUGAGAAGGUAGUACAAUGUCAGUGUGAUUCUCUUCAAUAUUGGUUGAUUUCAUAUUUGGAUUGGAUAAUCUGAUUACAAUCCAUUGAGGAAGUCCCAUUUCAUUUCUUAUGCAACAAAACUCUGUCGAAAGAGGUGCACAUUUUCCAUUUCUAUUAACAAAUUUGAUACUAUGUUUGCAUGAAUCCGAGUUUGUACUUAGCAUUUGUAACAGGAGAAUAUCAUGUUUUAUG